CUAACAAAUUCAACAAAAAAAAUUAUUAUCUGUCUAUAUUUAAAUUGAUAAUUUACAGUGAAUUAAACUAAUAAUUGUGUUACAAAAUGCCAUUACGAUUAGAUAUCAAGAGACGCUUAACGUCUAGAUCAGAUCGUGUUAAGUCAGUAGAUUUACAUCCGACAGAGCCAUGGAUGCUUUGUGCUUUAUACAAUGGUCAUGUCCAUGUCAUGAAUUAUGAAAACCAACAAAUGGUUAAGGACUUUGAGGUCUGCGACCUUCCUGUUCGAUGUGCACGAUUUGUUGCGCGAAAAAAUUGGAUAAUUACUGGUUCUGAUGAUAUGCAAGUUCGGAUUUUCAAUUAUAAUACAUUAGAGAAGAUUCACUCGUUUGAAGCACACACAGAUUAUGUCCGAUGCAUCGCUAUUCAUCCAACACAACCACUCAUUCUCACAAGCAGUGAUGACAUGUUGAUAAAAUUAUGGAAUUGGGAGAAAGUUUGGGCAUGUCAGAGAGUUUUCGAAGGACAUUCGCAUUAUGUGAUGCAAGUUGUGUUUAAUCCAAAAGAUAAUAAUACAUUUGCAAGUGCUUCAUUGGAUAGAACUGUUAAAGUAUGGCAAUUAGGCUCGAAUACAGCUAAUUUCACUCUCGAGGGACAUGAAAAGGGAGUUAAUUGUGUAGAUUAUUAUCAUGGAGGCGACAAGCCUUAUUUGAUAUCUGGUGCUGAUGAUCGUUUGGUCAAAAUUUGGGAUUACCAAAAUAAGACGUGCGUACAGACACUCGAUGGACAUGCACAAAAUGUCUCUGCUGUUUCAUUUCAUCCAGAAUUACCAAUUAUAUUAACUGGAUCUGAAGAUGGAACUGUUAGAAUUUGGCAUUCAGGAACGUGUCGUCUUGAAACAUCAUUAAAUUAUGGCUUUGAACGUGUUUGGACAAUUGCAUGUAUGAGAGGAACAAAUAAUGUUGGUCUUGGCUACGAUGAAGGUUCAAUAAUCAUUAAAGUCGGUCGUGAAGAACCGGCAAUGUCAAUGGAUAUAAACGGUGGUAAAAUCAUCUGGGCUAGACAUUGCGAGAUGCAGCAAGUUAAUUUAAAGGCAUUGCCUGAAGGCAGUAUAGUAAAAGACGGUGAGAGACUUCCAGUUGUUGUUAAAGAUAUGGGAGCAUGUGAAAUAUAUCCACAAACAAUUGCUCAUAAUCCAAAUGGUCGUUUUGUUGUUGUUUGCGGUGAUGGCGAAUAUAUCAUUUACACAUCUAUGGCUUUACGUAAUAAAGCAUUUGGAUCAGCACAGGAAUUUGUUUGGGCACUUGAAAGUAGCGAAUAUGCAAUUCGUGAAAACAGUGGAGCUGUAAAGUUAUUCAGAAACUUUAAGGAACGAAAAAGCUUUACUCCAGAUUACGGUGCUGAAGGCAUUUUUGGCGGAUAUCUUUUGGGCGUUAAAACAUCGUCUGGAUUGACAUUCUAUGAUUGGGAAAAUCUUGAGCUCAUUCGUCGUAUUGAAGUUCAGCCACGUUAUGUCUAUUGGAAUGAAACUGGAACUUUAAUAUGUUUGGCAACUGAUGAUUCAUAUUUUAUUCUUCGUAUCGAUACUGGAUUAAUUCAGCAAACAAUUGAAACAAAAGGAUCAAUUGAAGAAGAUGGAAUUGAAGCUGCAUUUGAAGUUCUUGGUGAAGUUAAUGAGAGUGUAAAGACAGGAUUGUGGGUUGGAGACUGCUUCAUUUACACAAAUAGCGUUAAUCGCAUUCAAUAUUAUGUUGGCGGUGAAAUUGUCACUGUAUCUCAUUUAGAUAGAACGAUGUAUCUCCUUGGUUAUGUGCCGAAAGAAAAUCGAUUAUAUCUCGGAGAUAAGGAACUCAACAUAACUAGCUAUAGUCUCUUAUUGUCUGUUCUUGAAUAUCAGACAGCUGUCAUGCGGAGAGAUUUUGAUAUCGCUGAUCGUGUACUUCCCACAAUCCCUAAAGAACAUCGUACACGAGUUGCUCAUUUCUUAGAAAAGCAAGGCUUCAUGAAACAAGCUUUACAAGUUUCCACCGAUCCUGAACAUUGCUUUGACUUAGCACUUAAAAUUGGUGAUUUAACUAAGGCAUUACAGUUAGCCAGAGAAUCAGAUAGUCCACAAAAAUGGUCACAAUUAGCUGAAAUUGCCACAACUCAAAAUAAAAUGGAACUUGUAAAAGAAUGUCUACUUAAAGCUAAUGAUUUGGGUGGCUUACUUUUGCUUGCAUCAAGUUCUGGCGACGAGGAUAUGCUGCAUAGCUUGAAAGACAGCGCAAUGUCACAAGGAAAAUAUAAUGUUGCAUUUAUGUCCAUGAUGCUGUUAAAUAAACUCGAUGAAUGCUUGGAUGUCCUCAUUGAAACUAAUCGCAUUCCUGAAGCUGCUAUGUUUGCAAGAACAUAUCUUCCCGAUAAAGUCUCACAUGUUUUGGGCUUAUGGAAAACAGAAUUGGGAAAAAUAAAUGAAAAAGCAGGUCAGAGUCUUGCUGAUCCAACACAAUACGAGAAUCUAUUCCCAGGAUUCCAAGAUUCACUCAAAACACAACAAUUCCUAGCACAACAACCAUCAUUAUUGCCAGCAAAUUAUUUCACAAAAAUUCCACUUAAUAUAGAACGAAAUUCUAUGGAUGAGAUGAAUCAGAAUGAGCUUCAAGGCAGUUUCCAGUAUUCCAAAACAGACAAGCCUCCGUCAAAUAAUGGCGAUGCCACAACUAGUGAAUUAGUAGAAUCUGUUAAACGAGUAACAUUAAAUGAUGCACAGCCGUCGACUGUGACCACAAAUCAAACGGUACCGGAUGAAGCGAGGAAAAAUUCAUUAGAUGAAUUUGAUUUUGAUGAGGAGAUCGAUGAGAAUAUUGAUACGUCGGAUGUUAAUCUGGAUGAUGAGGAGCUUCUAAGUGACUAAGAAAAAUUGACGAAAAAAAAUUAUUAUUCUUAAAGAUUUGUAAGAGAAAUAUGAAAAAAUUAAUAUUCAUUCGAUACUACCUUUAUUAUUUUAUAACAGUGUAAAGAGAAAGAAUAGAAAUCUAAUUAAAUGCUGAUUCUAUCAUAUUUUUUGUUUUCCUCUAUGUAAUUAAGCUUAAUUUCUCCCGUUAUAUUCAAUUGUGCAAAAAUUAAUUAUAAUAAUAAUCAACAAUUUUUUAAUGAGUAAUCUUGUUGCAAGUAAUAAAGAGAAAUUUUAUUUAAAAACUA